CUCUCACUAUAAAAGUUGGCCAUUACACAAUCAUAAACAAAAAGCUUGAAAACCAGAGAAGCCAUUAUUAUUAUUAUUGUUAUCAAUUCAAAUUCAAUCAAUGGCAGCUUCGGAUUCUAAUACUAGUAUAAUCUUACUAUACACAUUCUUAGUAGUAUUAUUAUUACAGACUCAGAUCUCGAAUUCACUUACAUGUUCAUCACAAAAGUUAUCAAAAAACAAAUUAUAUAAACAAUGUAGUGAUCUACCAAAACUAGAUUCAUAUCUUCACUGGACAUAUGAUUCAUCAAAAUCAUCAUUAGAUAUAGCUUUUAUAGCACCACCAGCUAAACCAGAUGGAUGGAUUGCAUGGGCUAUCAAUCCAACGUCAACAGGAAUGGUUGGUUCUCAAACUCUGGUUGCUUAUAAACAGUCUGAUGGAUCUAUGACUGUUAAAACUUACAACGUUACUUCAUAUAAAGAUGUUCUACUUGGUAAGAUUGAUUUUCAAGUCUCAAAAAUGGAAGCUGAAUAUGUUGAUGGUGUUAUUAAGAUGUAUGCAAGUAUUGUUUUGCCUCCAACUUAUGGCAAAGUAGUGAAUCAUGUUUGGCAAGUUGGACCUAGUUUGAAGAAUGAGAAUGGCGAUCUUAAUGUUCAUGGCUUUGCUGCUGAUAAUAUUAAUUCUGUGGGGAAACUUGAUUUGAUGAGUGGAUCCGCUGGUGGCAGUAGUGGUGGUGGCGGCAGUACUAGUACUUCUAGUGCAAAAAGUGGUGGUAUUAGCUCAAAGCUGAAAAAGAAAAAUAUCCAUGGAGUUCUGAAUGCUGUAAGUUGGGGAAUGUUGUUUCCAAUUGGAGCUGUCAUUGCAAGGUACCUUCGAGUGUUCGAGGCAGCGGACCCCGCAUGGUUUUACCUUCAUGUCUUCUGCCAGCUCUCUGGUUAUGCAAUUGGAGUUGCAGGGUGGGCUACAGGACUUCAGCUUGGUAAACAAGCACAAGGCUUCGGGAACACUCUUCACCGAAAUAUCGGAAUCACCCUCUUCACUUUUGCAACAUUGCAGAUUUUUGCAUUGUUCGUAAGACCGAAGAAGGAUCACAAGCUCCGCUUCUAUUGGAACAUUUACCACCAUGGAUUAGGUUACAGUGUUCUUGUACUAGGCAUCAUCAACGUGCUUAAAGGUUUAGACAUCUUGCAACCUCUUAAGAAGUGGAAAACAUCUUACAUUGUUUUCCUGUGUGUGUUGGCUGGUAUUGUUCUAGUGCUAGAAGUGAUUACAUGGGUAAUUGUUCUCAAGAGAAAAUCUGACAAAACCUCCAAAGGUGGUUACAAUGGAGCAAAUGUGUCGUAGAUAACAACAAUACAUGUCAAGGCAGUUUCUAUCGAAGACUUCAAGGGUUCCUCCAUUUAUUUACGUCAAACUGUGUACAGUCUCAAUCAGUUGAGCUACCUUGAGUUCAUUUGAGUUUUACCUAUUUAGAGUAUUAGAGAUGGGUUUAUGGUUAGUUUUUAAUUAUUUAUUAUCGGUUGCUGUGUGAUUUAUAGAGAUUGUAUUUACUGUUAAAUUAUUCACAAAUUCAAAAGAUGUAUUAGCAGCAGGUUAACUUUAGCAGAAUUUUUGAUGUUGGUAUUA